AUGACUGACAAUAAAAAUAAAGUUAUUACUUGGUUAGAAUUAAUGAAGCACACCACCAAGCAUGACUGCUGGAUUUUGGUAGAUGAUAAAGUCUUUGACGUUACUACUUAUUUAGCUGAACAUCCUGGUGGUGAUGAUAUUCUCUUGAAGUGCUCUGGUAGAGAUAGCACUCAAUAAUUUAGAGAUGUUAAUCACACAGAUUAUGCCGUUUCACUUAGAGACUAAAGAUUAAUUGGUGUUAUCGAAUAAGGUGAAUAACCAUAAGAGUAUAAGGAAUGGUUAUAAAAAACUGCCAAGUAAAAUAACAAGUAUACUUGGGCUCAAGUAAAGUAGCACAACAAGCAAGGUGAUAGUUGGGUUGUUAUUGAUGGUAAAGUUUACGAUUUAUCCGCCUACAUCGAAAAACAUCCUGGUGGUCCUUCUCCUAUUCUCGCUAGAGCAGGUAAAGAUGCUACCAGAGCUUUCGAAGAAGCCAAGCACCCAAAGAGUGCUUACGUUGAAAGAGAAGAUCUUCAAAUUGGUGUUGUAUAUGGACCCUAAGAACCAGAAACAUCAAAUAAAGAAGGCGGUUUUUCAGUCGUUCAUAUAAUAUUAGCUCUUCUCUUAGCAGCUAUCGGAUAUUACUUCUUUGUUCAGAAUAAAUGA